AUGGUCUACUCUGAUUCUUGUGUGAAAUAUACUGCGAACAUAACCUAGUAUUUGGCAUACACGUUGGUUGAAUCGUAGUAAUCCUACAAGAUGCAACACGACGACGUUGUGUGGAGCGUUAUCAAUAAAUCGUUCUGUUCCUUUAAAGUCAAUACAAAGACGCAGCGGUUUUGCAGAAAUGAGUUCAAUCUUACUGGCUUAUGCAGUAGGGCUGCGUGUCCCCUUGCAAACAGUCAAUAUGCCACGAUUCGAGAGGAAAACGGUAUCAUUUAUCUCUACAUGAGAACAGCAGAGAGGAUACAUACGCCUAAAAAUAGCUGGGAGAAAGUCAAACUGUCUAGGAAUUUUGAAAAGGCGAUACAUCAAAUAAAUGAAAAUCUACUUUACUGGCCUGGUUUUAUAAAGGCAAAAUGUAAACAGAGAUUUCUCAAGAUCACGCAGUAUCUCAUUCGUAUGAGAAAGUUCAGGUUAAGACGCCAGAAGAAAAUUGUACCGCUUCAGAGGAAAAUCGAGAGAAGAGAAAGACGCAGGGAAGAAAAAGCUCUGGUUGCCGCAAAAUUGGACAAUGCAAUUGAAAAGCAGCUUAUGGAUAGGCUGAAGAAGGGGAUGUUCGAGGGUAUUUACAAUUUCCCGCAACGAGUGUUUGAUAAGGCUGUGGAGGCUGUUGAAGUUGAAGGAGAAAGCGAACGGGAAGAAGAGCAGGAACUCGAGAAGGAGGUGGAGAUGGAGUUAGAAGCAGACGAGAGGGAAAUUGAGCAAGACGGUCCGGAAUAUGUUGAAGCUGAUAGCAACGAUGAUUUUGAGGACGAUGAGGAUGACAUCGAGGAACUUUCUAUGGAUGAAGAUAGCGACUCUGGACAGAAGGAAGACGUCGAAUUAUCAGACAGUUUUGAAUCCGAAGCUAGUGAUAUCGAGGAUUUAGUCGAGCCAUCGUCGAGCAAGAGGACAAAGGGGCCGAAAGUCGUCAGAAAAAGCAAGACGCAGAAGAAACCGCGAGCGAGAGUGGAAAUUGAAUACGAAGUGGAAGACGAAAGUCAACAGAAUAAACGGACACGUGUAUAAUAAAAUUCUAAUAUACACAUAUAUAAAUAUAAUUCUUUGUAAUAAAAUUACAAAAUGCUUUAUACGUUGUUAUCCAAUGUUUCAAUUACAAUCGUUUUUAGUA